AUGGCCGACAAAAAGUGGUUGGUAAAACUUGCUUAUUCGCCUUAUAUCUUCGUCAUAUUAAUCGUCGUAAACCUAUCACUGCAAGCAAAUUCCUGCGAUCAUGUUCAAUGAAAAUAGUAAAAUUCGUGAGUUAUAGAGAAAGAAUUUUGGGCUAUUUCUGUUCGAUGGGAAGAUUUCGACAGCUUUCCGGCAUUAAAAGACGUUUUGAAAAAGAUGAAGCACGGCAUAGAAAUCCCGGAGGAUAUGUUCAAAAAAUUGUGCAGCAUUUGGAAGAUUUGGUAGUAAUCUUUUUUCUAUAUUACUCCAGUGAAGAUGAGCAAAAAUUGAAAGUAUUUUCCUCGGUCAAUUACCCAUUUACUUGCAUAAUAAUGCUUCCUCCUUUAACAUCUCUUCAGCAUGCGAAGUUCAUCGACAUGCUAUCAGAUUCUUGCCUUCACGAAGAGUUUCACAAAUUGUCGCUGUCUGAUUUCUGGUGUAAAAUGAAGGACGACUACCCUAUAAUAGCGAAGACAGCUGUCGCUUUGCUGCUCCAAUUUGUCACCACUUAUCUGUGUGAAAAAGCAUUUUUGCAUUACACCUUUGCAAAAGCAAAGUACCGCAAUUAAUUUGAUGCUGAACCCGAUAUGAGGUUGCAACUUUCCUCAAUAACACCAGACAUCAAACAAGUCAGCACUGCAUGCCAUAAACAAUUUCAUCCCACACAUUUUGCACUAAUGUACUUCGUUUGUUCUAUCUACAUUCAACAGCAUUCAUUUGUUACUAACCUUAAUGAACACCAGUCUUCAUUCAGUGUACAGCAACAGACAUUUCCAUGACACUGCGCCUCACUUUUAUUUUAUUCAAUCCUAGUCCGCCGUGCGAGGCUCUACUAAAAAGAGGUCUGCGGACCAAAAUGUUUGAGAAACACUAACACAGUGGUUUCAACCUAGGUGCUUCUUGUCUCUCACUUAUUCCUCGUUCUGUAGGUCGUCGUGGUUGUACGGCGGCGAAUCAUCAGUUCAGAUGGCCGAUGUACUGCUGUUUUUGAUGAAAAUAAUGAUGCUAGGAAUAUAUUUUGUUUCUUAUUUCAAUGUGAAGAUUGAUCCAACCUGG